CUUAUCCACUGCAGCCUUCCAGUGCUCUCAAACUACGACGAGGCUUCAGAAAGUCGGAAGAAACUUCAUUAAAAAAAUUACUGUAGCUUUCAUGACAGGUAGUAUUAAAAUAUUAGCAGUUCAGCUCUAAAAUACUGUCGAUAGUUCUUUAUAAAAAUAAAUUUAGACACUUCGCACAGAUGAACAGUUUACAGUGUGUUGGAAGGCCCUCAGAAGUCUCAUCCAAAGUCAGUGAAAAGGAGGAUGCACCUUUAAAACCAGUGAUUGGUGGCUCAGCAGAUCCAGUGGCAAAAGAAUCAGUGGAAUGGAAACCAAAGCAACACAAACCAAAACCGAGUGGAAAGAUAGAAGGACAAGGUCCCUCAGUAAACUCUGAGACAACAAAUAUGAGACUUAAAGCUCCAAGUUCCACAAGGCAACAGAAAGCAAAACCUGGUGAAAAGUCAGAAGGCCAGGAUCUUUCUAUAAAGACAGAGGAAAAUCCUUCCCUAAACUCUGAAACAUCACACACCACACUCAAAGUGCACACAUCCAAAAGCCGCAGAGGGUAUAAUGCCUCUAAAGCUCCGUCCUUCAGAAAUGUAACCACGCAUGGACAUAAACUACCUAAACAGGUCCCCCCUAUUAUGACAGCAUUAAAAAAACAAGGAGAAUGUGAUGUCCAGUCAGAAAAUAUGCAUGAACUACAUAACCAGGCCCCUCAAGUAGUGCUGUCUGCAAAUGACCAGGAUCCUCAUGAGGCACAGAGUGAAGAGGAUGGAAAUGAGAGCGCUGAAGGACACGUGCCGCUAGAAUUGUUUGCAGAGUUUCUACAGGCUGUGAUGACAAAGAAUUACCAACUUGCUAAGAAGCUCUGUCAGAUGAUUUUAAUAUAUGAGCCCCAAAAUUCAGAGGCCAAGAGCUUCCUGCCUCUCAUUGAAGAAAAAUUACUGAUAGAAGCGGAUGAGGAAUCAGACGAUGAUGAUGAUGAUGAUUCUGAUGAAUAUGACACAUCUGAUGAUGAUGAUGAUUACGUUGAAGAUGAUGAUGAUGAGUCCUCAGAUAGCUCUGACACAGAGGAAGAAUCCACUGACAGCACAGAUGAUACAUUAUCAUCUUCAUCAUAAAUGAACAACAUAAAACAAUGUAGCAGAUCUAGUGCUCAUAAUCACAUACAGUAUUGUAUUAGUAUUAAUGCAUCUAAUGCUCAUAAGCAACGUGUGAGUUAUGUCACAGUUAUGUCAAACACUGGCUGGAAAUUAAAUUAUAUUCUGCAUGAACUGUAAUCUAUAUGUCUUAAAAUAAUAA